CAGGUUCUUUUCCAGAAGGCUUCUAUCAGUACCACCAGACCAUCACCAAACUGAGUCAGAUUCUAGACUUCAGUCACACAUGUGGGUAUGUCACAUUGCUGAAUCCAUACAAGGAAGAUGCGCAUGAUGAAAAUCUGGAUAAUGAUGUCUUGGUCGCCAGCUAUCCCAUGGACAACCCCGGGUCCUCAACAAGUCUUGAUGUCCAAGCCACAUCAAGUCUGAGUACCCCAGAAAAAAUUGUCCAGCCUGCAGGUGAGACUUCUCAGGCAGAUAACCCAGACGAGUCAGUAUUGCCAUGCAAUGGGAUCAAAGACCAACAUUCUGCUGAUGUCUUAAAUUCAGAAUUAGACGAACUUGAAAACAAUGCUUUCUCAAAUGGAAAUGAACCGUCUUCUCCCAUUGUGAAGCCCAAACUUCACCUUGACGUGGCAAGGCCUCAUUUAAAGUCUCAUUCUCCAAGUGGGUCAAGCAGGUCUCCUGAAGCGUUACAGGAGGAUGAGUGGGUCUUGUUGGAUCUUUGUUAUGGCCUCCCUUUGUUCAACACCAUUCUCAACAAAGAGGUCUGCUCAAGGAUAGCCAAGUUGAAACUUUUUAAGCAGGAGAGGUAUGAAAACAGUUUUUAUUUUGAAUUUUGAAAGGAAUGAGUCUAUAAUUUAUGCAAAUAUUCACUUCUGCUUGGCCAUUUUUGUUUUUCUUUUUACUGUCACUGUAAGUCACAUUUCUGUCCUUUGGUCUAUUUUAAAAAAUAAUUUCCAUUUAAAUGUUUAAUCAUGUCUCAGAUAGAAAAUGAAAGGUGACCAGAUGUUGUUAUGUCGGUCAAAACUGAUAGUGAUAAAAUAAAAUAAACUAUAAAAAUAACUUCUUAGGCCCUUGAAAUAUCAUGUGUUAUUGCUUUUUAAUUAUUUGAAUUUUUUUUUAAAUAAAAAAAAAGAUAACAUAUCUAAUUCUAAUAAUCAACAGUUAAACCUAAAAUAAGUUAGUCUUAAAAUGAGUUUAGAAGUCUUAAGUUUAAUGUUGUUUUCUGUUUCUUUGUUGUAUAGUUUACAAGAGCUGGUUCAGUCUAGUCGAUUGUUAUCUCUCAAACUGUUAGAUUUCAUAAUGGCCUGGCAGGUAGGUGGUUUUAUAUUGUUUGGCUGGGCAGGGGGUUAUUAUUUCAAAUUAAAUAACUACAUUCUGAAAUUAUAUUUAAAUAUAUAUUUUGGAAAAAAUUAAAAACCCCCCCCCCCCCACGCGCCUCUUUUUAUUUAAAAAAAAAUUAUCUUAGUAAUAUUACUUCACAUGGCUGGACAACUAACAAAUUUUUUUUAUUAAUCAAUAAUUUUUUCUUUCAUUUUCACCCCAAGGUACCUCACAUUGUGACAGAAAUAGACACCAAUGGUGUGCCUCAGAUCAGGGAUGAACACUGCUCUCUGUUUCCCUCACAGAACAUUCUAUUUGAUGGCUCCAGGAUACAUGUAUGGAAGGGCCACUGAAAAGACUCAAAUUGUGAUUUUUUAAAACAAAAAUAAUUUAUUUAUGAACAAGUGACUACAGGAGGACUUUCAGAGUGGAAUUGCAGAGAAGGACUUUCAGAGAAGGACUUUCACAGUGGACUUACAAUUUCCUUGCUGCAGGGAUUUUCAGUGCAGAGGAUAAAUAGUUCAGUUGCCAAAGAUUUAUUUUUUAUUGGGAACAGAACCUGGAUGAAUGGGUUAUACAAUUCUUAGACGGUGCCACGUGUGAGAGUGCAUGCAUUUAAAAUUAUAAUUCUCUUUUUGGUUUCAUCAAAAACUCUUAUUGAAAGAUAUAAUUUUUAUGUGGGAAGCAUGGCAAAGAAAUGAAAGAGCUUCUAGAUGAUACAAUAAUCCUACUGAGGGAGGUGGCUGAGGCAGAUUGAAAUGUUUCAUAGCUAACUCUUGGUACUGAGGAUGAAUACCUUUGCCAGAUAGUUCUUAAGAAACUUUCGGGUACCCAUUUACCAUCCUGAAAAUUUCCUUCUCCGGGUUACUGAUUUUCCGCAGAAUCUGAAAGGGGUUGAGAGGGGUUGUGUGUAUAAUUACACAACCCAACAAAACAACUUUGGACAUUCAGGUACCUGAAUAUUUAAGGGGAGGGCCUUUGAGCGGGGGGCUUGGUCCACUUUUCUGAGCCAGCUGCUUCUUCAUCAUGCCACUGUGAUUGGUCACUGAUUCUUAGUAGAUUGGAUUUUUUUCUGUGCAAGAUCUUUGAUAAUCCCUGACAGUAAUGCUUUUUUAGGGUUCAUCUGUCUAUUUUAUUUUUACAUUGAUCUUACAGGUUAUGUUUAAACUGAAAAGGGCCCAUUGAUCUUACAGGUUAUGUUUAAAUUGAAAAGGGCAGACGUGAAGAGUGGCCAUUAUGUCAGUAUGGCCUUUGCUUGUGCUCCCAUAACUCAUUAAAAAAAAAAAUUAGAUAGAAGUAUUUAAUCUUUUAAAAUUUAGUCUUGCAAUUAAUUACAACCGUGCACUUAAAAAGUUCCAAGUUGGGAGUUUAAUUCUUCAAAUGAUACAUUAAAAAAGUACUAGUAUUUUAAGUAAAUGAUGUCUUGGAAGUAAUAUAUACGGUACAUAAGUCCUGUAUGUUUAUUUUGUAUGAAGACCUACAUUGUACUUAAUUUCAACCAUCCAGCCUGCAAAGCAUACUCAAAUCUUCAAAUGUACCAUUUCAUUAGCCAGUUAUCAUUAUCAGUAAACAUUUUUAGUAUGCUUGACAUAAUGUUUUUAGAGAGAUUCAUCUGGCAAAAAAAAAAAAAAAGUGCUCCGUUAUUCAUCCAUGAGGAAAUAUGCACAAAGAUCUAAUUGAAGUCCACCCCAAAACAUAUUUACAUUAAUGUAUCAGAAAGAUAAGUUUUGUGCUUGAUGCUUCAGUGUUUGAACAAUGUGAUGUAAACAUGUUUUCCAAAAUGAAAAUGAAAGCUAUAUAUUUUACAAUUGACAUUCCCCUUGAACUUAAUUUCAACCAUCCAGUCCUGCAAAGCGUACUCAAUCUUCAACGGUUACAUUUCAUUAGCCAGUUUUCAGUAAACAACUUUAGUAUUGUUUUUAAAGAAAUUCAUCUGGCAGAAAAAAUAAAGUUCACUGUUAUUCAUCCAUGAGGAAAAUGCCCGCAAACAACAACAUAUUGACAUUAAAUUAUCAGGAAGAUAAGUGUUGUGUUUGCUGCUUCAGAGUUUGAAGAAUGUAAUGUAAAGAUGUUUUCCUAGCUGAAAAUAAAAGCUAACCAGUGUUACAUUAAUUGACAUUCCUCUUGAACAAAGUGAAGUGAAAAAAAAAAUCAUAUUACAUUCUUCUGGGUUCAUUCCUUUAAGUUUAGGCACAAAGCAGUUGUACUUGUUAUAUUGUUGCUUUCAAAGAUAACAAUUCCAUCAAGCAUUGGUUAUGACUAUGUAUUAGGAGUGAAAUUUUUUAAAGUUUAUCUAGUUUGCUCUUACUCACAUGAGCCACAGAAAGCUGUUCUUGUAAAUUGAUGUAUAAUUAAUUAUUCCGUGGAACAUUUUUCAACCAGGUACUGUGACAUUGUACUUGUGCAUUAGUGCUGCAUACCAUUACUUUGUCAUUAUACCUUUGUACAUAGUACUUGUGUAUGAGCUGCGUUGCAAUACUGUGACAUAGUAUUUGUAUACCAGAGCUGCACACCAAUACUGUGACAUAGUAUUUGUGUACGAGAUCUGUACACCAAUACUGUGAAUUGUACAUACUUGUUUACCAGAGCUGUGUACCAUUACUAACAGAGCAUUAAUUGAUGUACUCUCAAAAGAUUUCUUUUUUGCUGUAAAUCAUUUCAAUCAUGGAUCUUUUUAUUUCUUUUCAUUUAGAUGACCAUGACAAUAAAUAAAUGCAUUAAAAAAAAUAAUCUGGCUGUGACAUUGGUAUAGGAAUAUGUUUUAGUGAUGGCACA